AAAACCAAAUGAAAUUUAUUCGUUUUACGUUCUCAUAUCAAGUCCGAAACGUAAUGGAUGUUGAACUUGAUGUACCACGACGUAGAAUGUAUCAAGAAGGAACGAUGCUUUCUUGGCAAAACUUAUCUAUAUAUGCGAUGGACCAGAAUCGACGCACCAUUAGCAAACAACUCAUCAACAACGUCCGAGGUGUGGUACGACCUGGCGAACUCACUGCGAUCUUAGGCGGCAGCGGUGCUGGAAAAAGCUCGCUGAUGACAGCCUUGGCAUUUCGCGCAGAAUCCGGCAUCGUGGUACACGGUGAUGUUCGCGCCAAUGGCGUAUCAACCGAUUUUUCAUAUAUGAGACGUCAUAGCGGAUUCAUGUAUCAGGAAGAUGUGUUUAUCGAGACUAUGACGGUGCUCGAGCACAUCUGGUUUAUGGCCAGAAUGAAAUUAGAUAGGAGAAUCCACUCCUCAGAUAUUCGUCUCAGGAUCGAUCGUUUGCUGAGAGACGUUGGUCUGAUUGACAGAUGCGACACUCGAAUCGGCGGCGGUGACGAUGGCAAGGUUUUAUCAGGUGGAGAAAAGAAAAGACUUGCUUUUGCCACUGAGCUAUUGACGGAUCCCGAAAUACUAUUCCUGGACGAGCCAACAACCGGACAGGACGCGCAUUCGGCUAGUGUCCUCGUGUCGCACAUGGUUUCUUUUGCAUUGCGGAACCGCACGGUUUUGUGCAUCAUACACCAACCGAGUUCCACUAUUUUCAAUAGCUUUCAUCGUAUUAUCUUUUUAGCCGGUGGUAGAGUGGCAUUUGCUGGUACCAGUAUGCAAGCAAUACAGUUUUUCUCCAGUCAAGGCUACGAGUGUCCAUGCAAUUAUAAUCCGGCCGAUUUCCUGAUGGCGACUUUAGCAAUCGCACCUAGUGACGCGGACGGUAGCGGAAAAAUUGCACAGAAGAUUUGCGACGCAUUUCUCAUGAGUGAAGCAUGCAACGAGAUCGAUGUUAUAUUGCAACAGGAAUUCGAUCCUGCUUGUUUGCAGCGUCAAGUAAGCAGAAUUGUUACGAAAACAAAUGUUAAUGGUUGUUUUAAAAAAAAAUCGCGUUGCUGGUUGCGGCUCUACUGGCUAAUCCAUCGUGGAUUUUUGCAAAUUCUGCGGAAUCCAUCAGUACAAUUAAUCAGGAUACUGCAAAAAGUGAGCAUCGCAACGAUUGCCGGUCUGUGUUUCGUAGGAGCUGUCCACCUUGAUCAAUUAGGCAUUCAGGCCGUGGACGGUGUUAUUUAUCUCCUAGUAUGUGAAAACGCAUUCUUCCCCAUGUACGCGACCUUAGCGUUGAUUCCGCAAGAAUUACCGCUUCUUCUUCGAGAGUACAAGGCGGGCAUGUAUUCCGUCCAUCUUUACUAUUUAGCGCGAAUUAUAUCGCUGAUACCUGGACUGUUGAUAGAACCGAUACUGUUCACCGUAAUAAUAUAUUGGUUGGCUGGUUUACGUCCCGCGAUGGAUGCUCUUGGUCUGACCAUCUUGGUAGUUAUAUUUACGAUAAACGUGUCUACCGCUUGCGGAUGUUUUUUCUCCGCUGUCUACCAGAGUGUGCCGCUGGCAAUGGCAUACCUGGUGCCCUUCGAUUACAUUCUUAUGAUAACCAUGGGGCCUUUCAUCAAGCUUAGCUCACUACCCGUAUACGUACAACAAUGGAUAAGAUACUUCUCAUGGCUGUUACACUCCACGGAAGAUCUCACCAUUAUCCAAUGGAAAGGCGUACAUAAUAUAUCCUGUGAAACAACCGAGCUACCUUGCUUCACCGAAGGCACCGAGGUGUUGGAUCGCUACGACUUCGACGAAGGCAAUUUCUGGCCUAACAUUAUCCUCAUGGCUGCUAUUUACGCCGUCUUCCAUUUACUGGCAUAUGUCUUUCUGUUGAGACGAUGUAGAUCGAAAUAAACGGAUUUUAGUACUAC